UCCUGUGCUGCUUGGCUCCCCAAACCGGGCUGCAACAGAGUGUCUUUCCAUCCCGGAUGUGGUCUUCUAGGGGGAGAGAUCAGCCCAAGCCAUGAAUCACACGGUGGCAUGAAGCAGGCUUGGAUCUUUGGCCGGUGAACCCGUGUCAUGGGUAUCGUCUGCAUCCUCUGACACGUGUAGGAUCCAGGAGCAAGGGGGACGCGCCUCUCCAAGCUUGGCUUUCACGGUGGCUUUGAGAUGAUGGAGCAUGUGCGCCAGGGCCGCCAACGGGCCUCAGAGACCAUCCGCAAGCAGAAACGCAAGGAGCUGGACGCCAGGCGGGGCAAGUGCCGGAUCCGUAUCGGCAGCCACUUGGAGCAGUGGUGCCGGCUCAAAGAGCAGCUCGGGUUUUCCUUGCACUCCCAGCUGGCCAAGUACUUGCUUGACAGGUACAAUUCGCCUAGCUCAGUGGUGAAAACAGGACAGGAUGGCUCCAACAUCACUCCCCAUCCCUUUCCAUCCGACGCACUGCAGCACCUUGUUGUCCUAUCCCACAAUCACAGCCAAGAGUGCGGCUUCAUCCCUAACAUGAAGUCUACUAUCCCGGACCCCAAAAGCAUCUCCGAUGGCAUGCUCUGGGAGUGCCUGGCUGGCCACACCUUCUCUUGGAAACCCCCCACCCCACAGACCUGCACAGCACCCCCCUGCAAAGCCACCUCUGGAGCAGACCGGGACAAGGAGAAGGAGAAGGAGGAAAAAGCCGUGAGUUCCCGACUCAGCCCCCCUCCCUCCCCAGCCAUCCGACGCCGGCGUUCCCUCCGCAGGGCCGCAGCUGCCCAUGCCUUUUCCUUAGCGCUUGCCUCUGACUCGCCAUGUCCGGUGGAUGCAGCAGAGCCAUCUUCCAGAGAGGAUGGGGAGGGCAAUGCAGAAAGAGAGAAGACAGCGUGCAUGUCUUCCAGCAGCAGAGAAGGCCUGGGCAAGGAAGCAGAACCACUGAGUGGCCACAGCAUGGAGGAGACAGCCAUUCCUGCUGAAGAAGUAAUUCCAGGUAGAACAGAAUCCCCAGGGCCUGAAAACACUUCAGUUCCCCUGGAGGCGAUGCCUGAGUCGCUACCAGACCAAACAGAGGAGCAAAGACAAGGAGGAGGGGAAGAUGAAGAAGGAGAUGAAGAUGAUUUGGCAGAGGAAGACAACCUGGCCUACGCAGAUGACUUGCGAGAUGAGAAUUACUAUCCUUCUCUAGAGAGGGACUCCAAGCUGCAGCGGCACCACAAAGGCAGCAAGAGCCCUUCGAAAGAGGAGCAGCAGCAGCAACCCACGAGUGAAACGUGUCUUGCCAACCAGGGCCUUUCUGCAGACAAGAUUGGCGAAGUGGGCUUAAAGAGGCGGAUACAGCCUAAUGACGAAGAUGUGGCCCAGAUUGGUCCAAAGCGAAUCAGGAAGGCAGCUAAACGAGAGAUUCUCCUUUGUGACUAUGAUGGCUGUGGGAAGAUUUUCUCCAACCGGCAAUACUUGAAUCACCACAAGAAAUACCAGCAUGUUCACCAAAAAACCUUCACCUGUUCAGACCCCAGCUGCGGCAAGUCCUUCAACUUCAAGAAACACCUCAAGGAACAUGAGAAACUUCAUAGUGAUAAACGUGACUACAUCUGUGAGUUUUGUGCCCGCUCCUUCCGGACGAGCAGCAACUUGAUCAUCCACAGACGAAUCCACACUGGAGAAAAACCUUUACAAUGUGAAAUUUGUGGGUUCACCUGCCGCCAGAAAGCCUCCUUGAAUUGGCACAUGAAGAAGCACGACGCCGACUCCUUUUACCAAUUCUCCUGCGACCUCUGUGGCAAGAAGUUUGAGAAGAAAGACAACGUCGCUGCUCACAAAAGCAAGAGCCACCCAGAAGCAGUGACUGGGCCUCCUCAGUCCAUAAUGGGCCAGCCACUGGCUAUGGAGCAGGUCGAAAACUCUGGACGGGUCCCACCUAGAGACGUGCGGGAGAGGACAGGACACUCCCCCCUUGCCAUCACAGUCAUUAUAGAAUGACGGCUGGUCCAAAUCAAGGGGAACGAGUGGCAUGGGAUUCCUGGCAAAUCCCAUUUGCAACAGAGAAGGGGUCUGGGGUCUUCCACCCGGCUAAAGUACCAGCAAGAUGAAAACCGCCCAAUUUGCAGAGUGGAACGGGUGUGAAGGCCAUGAUCCCCAAAGCACAGUCCCUCCAAUCACAUUCCUUCACUCAGCUCAGUCAGUCCCAGCAUUGGAGAGAUGUUUCUGCACUUAUCUGACCUCAUUUCUGGAGGCCUGUGCUUUGCCAUGCUUCCAUCCAGACUACAAUGUGACUAAGGAGCUGCUUCUAGAGCAGGGAUGUCAAACUCAUUUUCAUCGAGGGCCACAUCAGUUUUUAAAGCAGUGUUUCUCAACCUAAGGAUCGGUACCCCAGGAGGGGGGUCGCGAGUGUUUGUCAGAGGGGUUGCCAAAAACCAUCAGGAAACAUGGUAUUUUCUGUUGGUCAUGGGGGUUCUGUGUGGAAAAUUUGGCCCAAUUCUCUCAUUGGUGGGGUUCAGAAUGCUACUUGAUUGUAUGUGAACUAUAAAUCCCAGCAACUACAACUCCCACAUGUCAAGGUCUAUUUUCCCGAAACUCCACCAGUGUUCACAUUUGGGCAUAUUAAGUAUUUGUGCCAAGUUUAAUCCAGUUCACAGUGCUCUCUGGGUGUAUGUAAACUACAACUCCAAAAACUCAAGGUCAAUGCCCACUAUACCCUUCCAGUAUUUUCUGUUGGUCACGGGAGUUCUUUUUUCCCAAGUUUGGUUCAAUUCCAUUGUUGCUGGAGUUCAGAAUGCUUAUUAAUUAUAGGUGAACUAUAAAUCCCAGCAACUACAAGUCCCAAAUGACAAAAUUAAUCCCUUCCAGCCCCACCAAUAUUAAUAAAUGGGCGUAUUGGUUAUUUGUGCCUAAUGUGAUCCAGUGAAUGAAAAUGCAUCCUGCAUCUCAGAUAUUUACAUUACAAUUCAUAACAGUAGCAAAAUUACAGUUAUGAAGUAGCAAUGAAAAUAAUUUUAUGAUUGGGGGUCACUACAACAUGAGGAUCUGUAUGAAGAGGUCACAGCAUUAGGAAGGUUGAGAAACAGUGCUUUAAAGCGUUGUUUGUAAUUGUACGGCUGUAUAAACAUAACUAUAUUGCCCUUGCAUUGGAAGCCUUGAGUGCCAUGUGAAAUGAUGUGGCGAGCUGGAUUCUGCCUGCAGGCCUUGCAUUUGUCAUGUGAGUUCUAGAAGCACCCACAUUUGGCCUUUCACUGUUCUAGAUUUAGCUGACAGUAGCACCCUGUGGUUGCUUUUUGGCCAAUCGCAGCUGAGGACCUUCCAAGGUCCAGCAGUUCCACAAGGCCAGACUUCCUUCUUUUUCCAUUUGUUACCCUGAUCCAUUUCUUCUUGGACAAAAUCCCUCUUCCUGGAGAGUGCACUUGCUGAAUACAGAGAUAUUUUUUUUCUUGUCAGGAGCGACUUGAGAAACUGCAAGUUGCUUCUGGUGUGAGAGAAUUGGCCAUCUGCAAAGACAUUGCCCAGGGGACACCCAGAAGCCUCCUCCUGUGGGAGGCUUCUUUCAUGUCCUCGCAUGGGAAGCUGGAGCUGACAGAUGGGAGCUCACCCCACUCCCUGAUCAAACCGCCGACCUUUUGGUCAGCAGUCCUGCCAACACAAUGGUUUAACCCAUUGCGCCACCGGGGGUCUCCUAAUACAGAGAGGACAGAGGACCUUCGCUUGUACAAAGCACAUGCUUCAUUACACAGCCAAGGUCGGAGCUUGGAAGUCCUUUGGAUUAAGUAUUCUGUGCCAGUGAAUGGCUGGAUUUUGCAUUUUUUUCUAUAAAUUAUACAACUUUUGUGAGUACUUAUUUUUACAAAUUUGCUAGCCGUGGCAAGCUGGCAAACCCUUCUGGAGAGUUGUCCCAGAAGUUGUUCAGGGCACUUUAGUCCCUUCCCCUCGCAAACCUUGGCAUUGACUUUUGCCCACCAAUUUUCAAAGUUAAAGCAAGUAGGAAUUCUCUAGUCCUUGUGGUUUCCAAAAGGACUAGCCUUGGUCUCUAUGUGUGUUUUUAAUUGAAGUUGGAAUUCUCAGGUAACUACAUUUUGAACACUCUGGAUUUGUUUCUGCAUUAAAUACAUCCUGAUCUGGC